GCCAGAGAACGUAAGUUAAAUUUUACGUUCUCUGUAUUCACGUCAAUAAAAAAAUAUUUCCGUCUGCGUCAGCUAAACAAUCAAGAAAUUAAUUAAUAUUUACAUAGCACGCAAUUCAAUGGUUUUUUAAUCGUCAUAAAAAUUACAAAUUCUUUAUAGUGAAAUUCGGAUAGUGAUCUCUCGCAAUGUGCUAAAUUCAUUUGUAUAUACGCAUGUGCCAUGUGUUUGUGUAUACCUGUGCGCCCGUGUGUCUCCGCGUUCGCGUCCAAUUCGGUGUAUCUAUUGUCGUCGUCCGUCCGUCCGUACCGUCGUGCAACCCGCACCAUUCCCUCCAGAUGCGAUGAAUCAUACCAUUUCGAAUGAGUAUAAUUGUAAAAAAUGCUAAAAGGCAACUGAAAAUAAUUCUGGCGGUCGCUACACAAACAACAAAUCGAGAAUCCAAUUAGUGCAAACCAGGAAAGGAAAAUGCAUUUGAAUGCAGUGUGACAAGGUAAACUGCGAUUUGUGAAUGUACAGCUUCAGUAGGUGAACUGCUGGUAGCAGUUGUAGCAAAAGUCAGCGUAGUAACAAAUGCAUUUGAAUGGAGUCGUAAGUAAGUGCAUAGCUACAACGGCGCAACAAAGUGCAAGGAAGCACAUGUGGAAGCAUUAGUAACCGAGUGAAAGUCAUUAAUUUAACGUGCAGUCAACAAAGCAUACAGGCAGCUAAAAUAAUUGGACUUCAUAUUGGUGCCGCGAGCAAAAAUGAAAAUGGUCAAAUUGUUCUUCAGCUCACACAAGAAAUGUAAGGAAAAUGUCAACGACACCAUUAUUAAGUGAAGUGUGAACAGAGAUUGCAACACAAAGUAACAAAAACGCGAAAAAAAAUCCCAAAAGUGCAAGUCAGUGCGAGUGGCCGCCCAGUAAAUCAGUCAGUCAGCAACACUCUUCCAGUGUCCGUUUUUCAUCAGCGACCUCGUGAACAAAACGAUGGCUCUACAUGCCACCAAUUCAUGCAACAGCAGCAACUGCACCGCCGCUAUGACGAACAACAAUAAAACGCUCACACCUACAAAAACCACCGUUAAACUGGUAAAUGGCGCAAGCAGCGCCGACGCUGUUAGUGGCGUUGUCGUUGCGUCCCAAAAUAAGGCAGGUGGCAGCGCUAAGAGUUACAAUUUGAGCAAUAAUGUUGAACAGCUAUUCAAUUCAGCCUUGAAGGCAUUGCAUUUGCCACAAUGUGUGGGUGGUGGUGCUGCUGCUGCUCCUGCUGCUGCUGCUGCUGCUGCUCCUGAUGGUGAAGAAGGCGUUAUUGAUGCCAAGAAGGCGGCAGAAAAAGUUAAAAUAAAUGGUGAAUUGGUGGCGACUAAUCAGCGUUUGGAACGCAUCACAAGCGGCGAUGAAAAUGAUGAUGAUGAGGACACUGAUGCUGAUGAGGAGGACGAAGAGCCGGAGGAGGAGGAGGGGAAACAGAGAACUCUGCAGCUGCGCUGCGUCUGUCCUGUACCGCACCUCCACAACAACACCGCCAUUAACAAUAAUAGCAAUAAGAAUAACAAAAAUACAACCAUGACCGUUACAACUACCUUCCGCAGCAGCAGCACCUCGGCGCUCAUGACAGCCGCCCAUAUGCGACCACAGACGCUGAAUGUGCAACAUAUGCAUGAGACGCCAUCGGAUCAAACGCAGCUAUUCUUUCGAGAGGUUCUAAAUGCUUGGCGUGCCAAAGCGCGUUGCAAUGUGGUGCCCGCGGAACGUACACAGGAGCUCUUCCAUGAGCUGAGUUUUCAUCCAAGUGAAAAGCAAAUUAGCGAAAUGCUACAGACAGCCAAAUUAUUGGCUCGCAAAAGCAGCCGUCAAUCGAAUGGUCUCACCUUUGGUGAAUUUUGUGUGCUAGCAGCUGAUCUAAAACGCUUUCGCGCAUCGACAUUCUCGCCAUCGAUCUGUGACAAAGUGAAUCUAUUAAGCUCUCUACAGCCAGAAAGUAAUGACAAUAGUCGUGCUGGUGGUGGCCUCUUACCCAACACGGAGGCCAAUAACAGCAGCCUGAUGUGCACCGCUUCGACAUCAACGGGCACCAGCAGCGGCAACGGCACUGAACUACGUAGUACAAAAUCCCUAAGUAAUGUCGAAGACUGCAAACGUAAAUUGUCAAAAGGUGAUACAUCGGCACCGGUCGAGGUGUUCCUAGGCGGUUCGUGCAACCCCACCACCUGGCGUGCCGAUGUAGCGAUACCGGCGUUGAAAGAGCUUGGCAUUUCCUUCUAUAAUCCCCAAGUUUCUGAUUGGACGCCUGAUCUCAUCGAGCUGGAACAUCGCGCCAAAGAGAAGGCGCGUGUUUUGUUCUUCGUUAUGGAUUCGGAGACGCGCGCAUCUGCUGGUGCCAUUGAGGCGGCACAUAUAGCGGGUCAAAACUGCAAGCAGCUGGUGUUGGUACUACAUCCAUAUAAACGUAAUCAAUCGAUUCUUAAUGAGCAAAUAUCCCAGCAAGAAUACAUUGACCUCCGGCGCAAUCAGCUAAUACUGAAGGAAUUGGUCACACGUCGUGGCCUGCCAGUUAUGGAUGAUAUACCAUCGGGUCUGCAGCGCACCAAAGAAAUUUUGGCUGGCAUUAGAGAUCCACCCUCGAAUAUAGCAUCGAUUUUAGUUGUAGUACGCGGCGCAUUCGAUCGUGUUAACCCAGUGAACGGCAUCAUUACAGUAGCACAAUGUCAACGCGCUCUCUUAUAUUUAGGUUACGCUCAGAGUCUAGUUAAAUUAGACAAUUUAAAUAAAAUAGUAGCAGCUCAACGUGAAACGCUUGAAACGUUAGAAAAACGUAGUACAAAAUCGAGUGCUCAGCGAGAUAUCAGCGGCAGCAGUAGCACCAAGAAGAGCGCAUCGUCCUCGUCCACAUCAUCGUGCAGCUCAGAUACGCCGACCGCUUCGGUAAACGAAUCGGCUGAUGUCGAUUUUGAUUUAUUCUGCGUGAUUUCCGCUUAUCUCUCGGUGCUGCAGCAGGAGAUACAAGAAAGUGGUUGCAUUUCGCCCAUAAAGGGAACGAACGUACCACCACCGCCCGUCUAUCUUACCAAUAUGCAAGGUGAUGAGAGCAAUUUUGCCAUCAGCUAUUUCACUAGCAAGAACAUCUCACGCACCUCAAGUCAAACUAGCGUACCCGGCAACGAUGAACGUCACAGCAGCAGCGAUUUGUUGAGUCGCAAUCGCGAUAGCGGCACUUCCUCGCCACAACCAUUGGAUCAGCCACUGAAAUCUCGCUCGGCCGCUCACUUAGGUAAAGCAAAAACAAAAAUACUUGUUAACAUCGAAUCUAUAGAAACAACCGAAAUAACAACAACCAUCCAAACCGCUCAUACACCACCGACACCGCCUAAUACUUCUACUACUACCGCUACAGCUUAUCCGGGUUUGAGCACAAACACAACAACAGUACAACCGCUUACGCAAAUCAACGCCAAUGCCGCCGCCCAAAUGCACUCAGCACUCGCGGGCAUGGAUGGCAGCAACGUCACAGCUGACGCUGAGGAGAGUGAUUCGAAUGACUCCGUGUUCUCAUCGAGCAGCUCCAUUAAUUCGGUAAAUUGUAAUUAUGGCGGCGGUGAAACGCUCACUUUCUCUGGGGUGGACUUUCGUGACGUUUACCUUGGUGGUAGUUGUUUUUUGCGCACCAAAUGGCGUCAAGAUAUCGCUAUGCCGUACCUGAAGAGCAAAUGCAUCACUUUCCACUUGCCAUCGCUGCACGAGAGCUUGCAACCAUCGCAACUGGACUUGCCCGACAAAGUAUUUGAGGAUGCGCGUCAGCUGGGCGCACAGGAGACAUCACUGAAACGCACACGCCGAAAAUAUCGCGGCGCAGCGCUGGAGGAAGAGGAGGAAGAAGAGUUGACUGUAUCAGAAGAAACAUACAGUUGGGCGUUGCCGCCGAUGCGGCCAUAUCUUUUCAACCCCUCGCUGUUAGAUGCCAGCCGGGUGUUGCUGUUCGUCAUCACCAAUGAGACACGCUCGCUGGCGCCAAUGACGUUGGCGGCGCAUUGCAUUGGACUGAUGUACAAUGUGGUUUUAGCUGUGCAAAUGCUGCCCGAGGACUGUGUGAUAAACAAUGAAAAGCUCACGCCGGCUGCUAUCAAAGAUUAUAAUCGCGGUCGGUCGUAUCUAAUUGAUUUGGCCAAACGCCAAGGUGUGCCUGUGUUCAACGAUUUGAAGGCAGCUUUGGAAUGUACUGUGGAUAAGAUAAAAGCGUGUAACUCCAGAGGCAGUCGUUAUGAUUGAAUGAGCUCUCAUAUGCAUAUGCAGUUGAAUCACCUGUAAGCCUUAAAAAGUAAUCUGUCUACAAUUGAACUUUGACAGCAUUUAGGGUGAGACGCUCCAAAUACAUACAUAACUAUACAUACAAACAUAAAUACGACGAGUACCUACUACAUGGGCAGCAGAUUUUAGCAGAAUUUUUUCAACAACAUAUACUAUAUUUAGAAUACAUACUAUCGGAUCCGCGUAAAUUCAACUUUUACUUAACUACAUUUGUAAUAGUUUAGUGUUUUUAUGUUUAAAAUUAUGAAGCUUCAAUUCUAUGCAUCAUAGUUACAUAGCGAAUAAGUGAAGAUUUAACCCAUAUACGUGCAUAAUGUACGCGACAGAUGCCUUAACCGUGCGCCAAGCUACUAAUUCGUACUAUGUAAGUCCUUGUUUAAUUUAAUUUAAUCACUAUCUAAUAUAAAAAAAUAGUACAUACGAUUAUCGUCCUGUAGUGCAUAUAUCGGCAAUGUAAA